AUGGAGGACUCUGAGGAAGCUCCCCCCGAGGUGCAUCACUACAAUGAAAUUCAUGAGGUCCCCUGGGACAUACAGAAUUACUGGUCACAACGUUAUCGCAUCUUCUCCAAGUAUGACGAAGGCAUCUGGCUAACAGAUGAUGCGUGGUUUGGAGUGACACCGGAGCCUGUCGCGAAUAAAAUAGCUGCAGAUCUCGCCGAGGCAGCUCCUGAUGGACGAAGUAUCUUGAUCGAUGCUUUUGCAGGCGCAGGGGGCAACACUAUUGCAUUUGCGAAGACAGGAAAAUGGAGACGAGUUUACGCCAUCGAAAAAAACCCGGCUGUCCUUCAAUGCGCAAAGCAUAAUGCAAAGAUCUACGGGGUGGCCGACAAAAUCAGUUGGUUUGAGGGCAACUGCUUUGACAUCCUUAAGAACCAACUCAAAGACCUCGCGCCAUACAGUAUAGUAUUUGCAAGCCCACCAUGGGGAGGCCCUGGCUACCGCUCAGAUGAUGUCUUUAGUCUACGCACUAUGGAACCAUAUUCCCUUGAGACUCUGUUCAAGGAAUACUCUGCAUUCACAAAACAUAUGGCUCUUUAUUUGCCUCGCACAUCAGACGUGCAGCAAAUCGCCAAAUAUGUUCCUGACGGGCAGCAAGCAACGGUGAUGCACUACUGUAUGGAGGGGCACAGUAAGGCGCUGUGUAUUUUCUAUGGGGACUUCAAUGUAUCAUGA